AGAAGACAUAGAGUUGGGGUUUUUUUUAAUGCGAGAGCAACUGAGUGGAUCUGCUGCAAUAAAGAACACACACACACACACACACACACACACAUGCAGGAGAGUGUGUGUCCAAUGCUUGUGUGGUCGUUGCCGUGACGAUGGACUCUCAGCACCGAGCAGCGCUGGACAUCUCGACCAAAAACCCACAGGAUGACUUUGAGAUGCUGCUGCGGGUCGGAGGAGGGACGUAUGGAGAAGUGUACAAGGCCCGGAAUAAGCAGACAGGAGAACUGGCUGCUAUAAAGAUCAUCAAGAUGGAACCUGAGGACGAUUUCUCGGUCAUCCAACAGGAAAUCGUGAUGGUGAAGAGCUGUAAGCACAGCAACAUUGUGGCCUACUAUGGCAGCUACAUCAGGUCAAAUAAACUCUGGAUUUGUAUGGAGUACUGUGGCGGUGGCUCCUUACAAGAUAUCUACCACGUAACCGGGCCUCUUUCAGAGCCACAGAUUGCAUACGUGUGUCGCGAGAUGCUACAGGGUUUAGAUUACCUGCAUGGCCAGAAGAAAAUACAUAGAGACAUCAAGGGUGCCAAUAUUCUACUGAACGACCAUGGCGAAGUGAAAUUAGCGGAUUUCGGAAUCUCGGCGCAGAUCACAGCGACGUUCGCACGCCGAAUGUCCUUCAUAGGGACUCCAUAUUGGAUGGCACCUGAAGUGGCGGCGGUGGAGAUUAAAGGAGGUUAUAAUGAGUUAUGUGACAUUUGGUCCGUUGGAAUCACAGCCAUCGAACUUGCCGAGCUUCAGCCACCGCUGUUUGAUGUUCAUCCUCUCAGAGUUCUCUUUCUCAUGUCUAAGAGUGGAUACCAACCUCCCAAACUCAAAGAAAAGGCUAAGUGGUCACCUAUGUUUUAUAACUUCGUAAAGUCAAUGCUAAUCAGAAACCCAAAGAAGAGGCCGACUGCCAAGAAGAUGCUCAUGCACUUGUUCGUGACUCAGCCGAGUUUGACGCGAGACUUGACCCUUGAACUGCUGGAUAAACUCCGACAUCCUGAGAAACUCAAAGAGUGCUUACAUCCAGAUGAAGAUGACAUAGAGGUGCCAAAUUCUCUGAGACGGAUUCACUCUAUCAACCGACACAAUCGGGCUGAGAGGACAAACUCAGACAUCAGUGUGAAUCAAAUAUACACACAGAGACCAGUGAAUCGUAAAGAAGAAUCACCAGAUACCACAUUACAGGCCUCAGUGGGAUGUCAGUGGUUGGGUUCUCCACAAGCACACCUCAAAAGUCCGACCAGAGGGGACAGCACAGACACCGACGAUGACUACGACGAUGUGGAAAUUCCUUUUAAUCAGUGCAGCAGUAAUACCUUCCCAGCUGAUGAUGUCCCUCCUCCACUUCCUCCGAAGCCGAAGAUACGCAGCAGUUCUGAAGAGAGCAUGACAGCAGAGGACGAACGAGCGAAAGUUCAGAGUCUCUACAUUCCAUCUCCGCUACUGAGAACCAGCAGUGGGACACACACACGCAGCCAUCCUAUGCCACGGCCACGCUCAGUCCGGAACGUCAACUCAGACCCCUCCACAUUUUCCAGCUUCAGGACAGACAUCUCACCUGACCAGCCUCCUGUAUUACCACCAAAAUCAGACAGGAGGCGCCGACAGCCUGUCAAGGAGCCGCCUGAUCUGGUUCAGAGGAAACUUCCGUUGUUCUUCAAAAAGGUUUUUAACGGCUGCCCAUUAAGAAUCAACUGCUCUACGACUUGGGAUCAUCCCACCACCAAAGACCACCAUCUGAUCCUGGGAGCCGACGAAGGGAUCUUCACGCUAAAUCUGAACAGCUCGGAAGCCACACUCGAACUGCUUAAUCCAGGGAAGUGCACAUGGGUGUACACCAUCAGCAACGUCCUCAUGUCCAUAUCAGGAAAGUCCUCCCAGCUCCAUUCUCACUCCCUGAAGGAAAUGUACGAGCAGGCUAGAAAAGAGCAUCGUGUGGCACUGCCAACACACAGAUUGAUACCCAGGAAAUUCACCAUCACCACAAAGAUCCCGGACACCAAGGGAUGCCGAGCAUGCACAGUGGUUCAAAACUCUCAGCGAGGCUGUGUUUUCCUGUGUGGUGCUUUGGAGUCCAGAGUGGUUCUGCUGCAGUGGUACGAGCCCAUGCAGAAAUUCAUGCUCAUAAAGGACUUUGAUUUCCCCUUGCCGUCUCCCCUGCGCGUGUUUGAGAUGUUGCUGGUACCUGAUCAGGAGUAUCCGCUGGUGUGUAUCGGGAUCAGCAGGGGUGCAAAUCCCAUGCAACCUGUUCACCUGGAGUUCAUCAACCUCAACUCCAACACGUCCUGGUUUACCAGCACCGGCACAGAGAACCGAAGCAUGGACAGAGUUCAAGUGAUUCAGCUGGACUGUGACACGUUCCUUGUUCUUAUUGACAACACGGUGCAUCUGGUGAACACGGAUGGGGUACUGAAGAGCUCCAGGAAGCUGCACGCUGAAGUCAACUUCCCUUUAGAGGUCGAAUCAAUAGUGUAUGUGGAGGACACGUUGUUGGUUCUAUGGAAGCAUGGCUGGCAAAGGAGAAGCGAAAUCUUCACAGAAAUCCUGCAGGAGAUUGCUGAACCUAGGAAAAUAUUCCGACUCGUUGGAUCAGACCGGAUGGUCGUGUUGGAGACGCGGCAGUGUGAGGACCAGUCAGGACUCUGUAAUCUCUAUGUCCUUGAGAUCGCUGAGCAUAUUGUCGCCAUGUCAUGAACACCGACACACACACACACACACACACACACACACACACACACUCAUGUAGAGGCACUCAAAAAAAAGCACAUUCACUCACACACACACACACAUACACACACACACACACACACACACACACACACACACACACACACACACACACACACACAGACUUUUAUACAACGUGACUUUUGCAUAUAAAACAAAACCAUGAACACUGACAACACAAAAGUGGAAAGCUGUGUGUGCACCACUAACACACGCGUCCUGUUACGUCUCUGUGUGUGUAUUCCAAACAAAACAAGACUCUCCCGUGUGUGUGUGUGUGUGUGUGUGUGUGUGUGUGUGUACAGUUUUCUGUUAAUUAAACACAUAACACCAG